ACCUCAGAGCUUGGAAUUAAUUAUUCACCAUGGAGCCCAGACUUCAUCCAGGAGCUUCUCCCAUCUGCAGAGCGAACGGCUCUCCUCUAUCACCUGUCUUACCUGUGUCUGGGAGGCUUCCCAAAGUUGGAGCGUCUGAUCAGAGAACAAGCUAUUGAAACGCAGCUGCUGUUUGGAUCUUCUGAGGCCGUUCUGCUGAAGUGCGUCGGCAUGGGUUCCAAUCUAGUCACCUGCCUCUUCCCAAUACUGAAGAAAGCUAUUGAGAUGAACAAACCUGUUCUGGCAUUAAGGUACCUGGAGAUGGCCAAAACAUGGAUCAAUGACAUCAUUACAGCAGUUGAUGACAUGGUGAAGAGGUAUGAUCAACAAAAUAAAAAUGUGGCAACAUGCACCAGUAAUGUGUUUGAAGAACAGAAAGAGAGCCAAGUCAAACUAACAAAGCAUUCUGAUGAGAUGAAGGGUAUGGAGGAUGCUUUGGCAAACCUUGAAGUGGAGCUGAGGAAAAAUGUUGACGAUAUGACGGAAACUGAGAAGAAAAUUGAAGAAACAACCAAUGAGCUGCAGGAACUCAUCAGAAAAUAUGAAGAAAAAAAACAACAUUCCUGGUUUUUCAGGGUCUUUGGGCUACUUUUUGGUGGCUAUAAAGAUGUUUCGAAGAUACCUGGUGUUGCCGCUAAAAAAGACAAACUGUCCCGUCUAGACUCUGAAAAGUACAGUCUGCGAAAAAAAGAGUGGGACAUCAAAAUUAAGCAGACUGAUCUUCAGCUGAAGUUGGCCACUUCCAAAAUAAAAAUGGGUGAGAUCCCCAGUCCUGUCCACCUGACAGAAGUCCAUCAGUGUCUUUUUCAAAUCCAGCAAGUUCUGGUUGAUCUUAAAAAGUUCUGGGAGAAGGUGGGUGUUACGCUGGACACGCUGAAAGGCAAGACCUUUGUUGGGGAGCACAUCAUAGACCUGGAAGACAUGAAGGAUUUGUUUCUGGCCUCCAUUGAAAAUGCAGGAAAGUACUGGCAGAGAUUUGGUGCAUGCUCUCAGAGAGCGCAGGGUGUCUUCAGCGUUCAGUCCAAGGCUGCAUAUAAAUUCUUGGAGAUCAAUCCGUCUUUGCUGUCUGAGGAGGAAAGGAAUAAGCAGUACAUGUCUAUCAUGGAGAAGCUGAAGGAGAUCAGUCCUCAUGGCUCGUCCACAGCCACCAUCACUGAGUGA